AUGAGUGCCUUCCAGCAGGGUUUUAUUAGCAAUUUAAGUGAAGGUCUUCAUAUGGGCUUUAAUACAAAUCCUGAGAACCCUGGAGGGAACAGGUAUGGAAUUGAACAGGAUGAAUAUACCACUUCCUGGGAGGACUGGUGGCCGACAGCUGGUCAUGAUCACUGGCUGGUCAAGGGAUGGUCACACUCUGGUCAAGCUGGACAUUGUGUCUUAUAGUGUAAACAGGGAAUUUGAAUGUAAAAUACAUAUGACAGAUCUGCAGCUUGCCAGUGAGAUUGGGAUAUAAUAUAUCUACAAUUGGGAUGGUCUAGCGGUGUUUCACUUUUAAAUGUUGGAUCCCAUAAGAUUCCCUAGCACGUGCCCACAGUCACCAUGCAGGCGGAUGUAAAAAUGAAGAAGACGUCCACGCCAAUCAGGACUACCCCUGUUAAGACUAAUCGUGGCUUUAAGGAAUCUAAAUCGGACCAUAUGAGUCUGUCCUCGAAACAGAAGGCCCCUCUGCAGAGCAAGUCUGUUGGCUCUCCACUGGGAAAGCCCUAUCUCAGCAAGAGCUAUGAGAAUCUGACUUUACACCAGAAGAAGAAGCUUUCAGCCUACAUUGAUCAUAGACCUAAAUCCAGUCUCGGGCUGCCAAAGGCAGAUAGUACAGGCAAACAGAGUAACAAGGAAAACCAACAGCAGAAAGACAAAGAAGGUUUUGUUAAACCAAAGCCUGUUAAGGCUUUCAUUGUGGCCCCAAUACGCAAGGCUUCCAGCACCCAGCACAUAGAUAAAAGUGGGAGUAGUGGGGGUGGAGGGGGCACCCCUCACAAAGCAUACACUAGUAGGAUGCAGGCCAUGAAACGUGCACAUAGUCAGCAGAACGUCAGUAAGGACAAGCUGGCACGCAAACGAACUUCCGCUCCGGCUGAUGUCAUGGCUUAUAAUGCGGAACUUCUCGCCAACUUCGAGAAAGACAAAAAACUACUUGAGGCUAGAAUCUCGGAAUUGGUGCAAGUCGCAGAAAACAGGAAAGCGGAAAUAGAGAAGUUCAAAUAUGAAACUAAAAACUUAAAGGAACAAAUUCCUUCUCAUGAUUUAAAGGAUGAAAUUCAGUUUUUAAGGUCGGAAAAUAAGUUGUACAUGGACCAGUUGAAGGAUUUAGGACAUCCAGUGGAACAGAUAACGGAUACAGAAAAAUUGUCACGGUUAAAGAGUCAGGGUGCCAAAGGAAGUAAAUCUGUGGAAGGGAAUGUUCCAAAAAGUAUGAGUUGUGACAGUUUGUCUACGGAUGGGCGGUGUAACACAGGUAAACUGGACACACUGGACAGGUCAGUGACCUCUGAACCAGGGAUGUCCCUGAAUGACAUUUGUAGCCAAGUGCCUGAGCACCCGUCGCUCUGUUCUCUGGAAAUCAGCAAUAAUUGGGAGAAAGGCAGUAACAAAAGCAGCGAUGCUCUCAGUGAGGUCAGCGUGGCAGGACUGACGGAGCGUAUACUGCAAAUGGAGGAGAGCCACUACAGCACAAAUGAAGAACUGCAGGCCACGCUGCAAGAGCUUGGAGAUCUUCAGCACAGCGUUAAUGAACUCACUGACGAAAACGAGCGGCUCUUCAACGAGAGGAACAUUCUGCUGGAGUCUCUGUGUACACAGACAGAAAAACUGGAACACUGUCGAAUACAAAUUGAACAAUUGAAAAGUCUGUUGAUCAGUGGCACCUUACCAGAUACUACCAACAGGGAGGUACAGCUGCUGGAGCUGCUGAAAGCUGGUCAGGUUGAAAGAGAGGAGAUGAUACGCAAGCAGAAUGAGUACGCAAAUGCACUUCACAACUGCGAACAAGACCUACGCGAGUCGCAAGAUGUUGUAGAUGCGACACGUGAUAAAUCGUUGCUAUUGGAGGACACUGCAUCCAGUUUAAAAUCUGAACGUGACACAUAUGCACGCCACAACUCCGAACUCAAAGAGCAAGUGGCUAAUAAUAGAAUAGAGAUUUCCCAUUACAAGACACUACUGGAGAAUGAAAAGACACGUGUUCAGGAGCUUGACCAGUAUUGUGCUGCUUCGAAGCGUUCAGACCUGGAAGAGUUGCUUCACAACGCCCUACAAGAGAAAGACAAGUUGGAAGAUAAAUUGGCCAAUACAACAGAAAAAUUGCUUCAUAGUCAAAAUGAGGUAGACAAUCUACGGGAGUCACUGCGGUCCCGUGAGGAAGAGAUUAUGGUCACAAAAAACAAUGGACGAACACAGCUGCAUGAUCUAGAGUACAAGAUAGAGCGUCUUGACAAGGAACGCGAAGAAAACAAGAUAGAAAUUGAAUCGUUACGGCAGCGUUUGACUGAGGAGGAACAGGAUACGGACCAGCUGCGUGAGGAAAAGAAGUGCCUGGCGGUGGAAGUUCAGGGGCUUCAAAAACAGCUUGAUACUGCUGUACAAGAUAAGAUCAAAAUUGAUGCAGAUGCACGCGAGAUCCGGGAGAAAAUGGAUCAGAAAACCGAGGAGUGGCAACAGUUCCAGAAAGAUCUUCAGGUGGCUGUGCUGGUCGCAAACGACUUUCGGGCUGAGACUCAGGAGGACCGUGACAAAAUACAACAAGACAAUGCUACUCUCGCCGAGAAAGUGGCAAGUUUGCAAAGUGAUGUUGACAGGCUACGAGAGGAGAACGAGAAACUGAAAUCGCAUAAAAAUCUAGAUGAAAAGAGUAGUACGCCAAAGUCGAUCAUGUCAAAUGCAGAGUUAAAGGGCAAGGUCAUGUGUACUGUGGAUCGUGAAUUGCUACAUCUACGUGACAAACGUCAAGAUAAGAAUGCAACACAGUCUGUGAAAAGCUUGAUCCGCUCCAUUGAAGAACAGGUGAAGAGUGGCUGUUCAUCUCUUCAUUCUAGCACUUGUAGCUCGCGGAGGAAUUCCGACACCACAGAUGGAAAUUCUUUAUCAGGGAUCCGUGAAUUCCAGGAUCUUGUGAAGUCUCCCUCUUCCCCAAAUGUUGAGAGUUCUCCGUUGUAUAACACUAGCACUCCAGAUGUUACCCUCCGUUCUGCUCUCAAAAAGACAGAGAAACCCUCACCUAUACGUCUUUCAGUUGGCAUGCUGUCCUUUGAUAGUCCCCGAUCGCCGUUAGAGACAGGGCCGAAGUCAGCGCCCCCUAGCAGCAAAAGCGAAACAUCGCCAACAAUAACAUCUAUACUUUCCAAUAGACCAUCGGCCAGCAUAAGGCGUAGCAGUACAGUCGGGCUGGUGGAGAGUGGCGACCGGAAGGAGGUUAGCUCCAAGGAUCCGCUCAGCAUGUUGUCCAAACAGAUGGGAGGCUCCAAGAGGAACGCCCUCCUCAAGUGGUGUCAGCAGAAGACCAUCAACUAUCCAAAGGUAGACAUCACUAACUUCAGUAGUAGCUGGAAUGAUGGACUGGCGUUCUGUGCCCUGUUACAUAGCUACCUCCCCAAUAAGGUGCCCUACGCUGAUCUGUCCUCCGAAGACAAGAGGAGUAACUUCAAUUAUGCAUUUGAAGCUGCCGAGAGUGUUGGGAUAUCCUCUUCUAUUCUGAAUAUCAAUGAUAUGGUUGUGAUGGAGCGUCCAGACUGGCAAGCGGUUAUGGCAUAUGUGACGUCCAUCUACAAGCACUUCGAGGUAGACGCAAAGUCCUGAGGGCCUCACUUUAGGAUGUGGAUGAGACCCAUGCAGGAGUGUGAGUGUAGGGGGAUGUGGAAUGGAAGAUUGGCAGUAUAUAGCCAUCACGUCACUGUAUACAAGUGGAGAGUUAUUUCUGUCUUAUAAAUGUAUUGCUUUGGUGCUCCUAUCACGUUUGUACACAUUGUGUGCCUGUCAUGUUUAAACGGACAACAGAAACUGUAACGUACAUGUGUAACUGGAAGUUAAUCAUAAGUGUCGAUCACCGACGGAUGUUUACUGGGCCAGCUGUCCUUGGCGACAAGUUACAUGGGUCUUGAGCCGAAGUAGUUCUGUUUUUUGCUUCUCCAUUCAUAUCCAGACAUCACAGAUUUGGAUGCAUUUCUUCAAAGGAUUUUGUCCGAGAAUGACACAAAGUGUGUUUGUUAGCUACGAUUUUGUUUGCCUUGUUGAUGUGACUGUAUUUUGUGAUUAUAUUUUUAUCCACAAAUCAAAAUUUAUGACAUCAAGAAAAAAGGAGCACGAAAUUCGAGCACCAACAGACGCUUUGUGUGGACCAAUGUAAUGUUGAGACCAAAAGAUACAGUUUGAGUACUGUAGCCAAACAUUCUGUAAAUAAUGUUUUCCUCUAAAAUGGCAUCUUUUGCAAAUGUACUACUUAUUUUUUGAGAGAUUAUAAUUUUCUGUUUUAGUGCAUUAGUUAGAAUUCAACACAUUUAAGUUGUUAACUUGUUAUGUUUGGUUUGAAGAAGCCUGGAUGUUGUAAAAAACAUGAAAAGUUAAUUUUAAAUUUAACCCAGGUUGAUAACAUUUCAUAUAUUUUUUUUUUCUAACUUUUAUCAACAUUUUCAUGUUUUUUUUUCUAUUUUUAACUUCUGUUUUUAUCGUUAACUAGAUCUUCUGUAUUUGACACUUGUUAAAACUUGUACAAACAAUAUAGGUUUUUACUUUUUAGAUAGUUUAAAAUGCAUAAUACAAUCUACUCAUCACAUAAUGCUCCCUAAUUAGAGAUUUCUCUCUCUUUCUCUGUGAUGCGGGAUAUCUGUCUCAUUUUGUCACUUUACUAUGCUACAGCACAAAUCUGGCCAGCACACACCUGGCCAGCACAUAUACCUGGCCAGCACAUAUACCAGACCAGCACAUAUACCUGGCCAGCACAUAUACCUGGCCAGCACAUAUACCAGAUCAGCACAUAUACCUGGCCAGCACAUAUACCUGGCCAGCACAUAUACCUGGCCAGCACAUAUACCUGGCCAGCACAUAUACCAGACCAGCACAUAUACCAGACCAGCACAUAUACCUGGCCAGCACAUAUACCUGGCCAGCACAUAUACCUGGCCAGCACAUAUACCAGACCAGCACAUAUACCUGGCCAGCACAUAUACCUGACCAGCACAUAUACCUGACCAGCACAUAUACCUGGCCAGCACAUAUACCUGACCAGCACAUAUACCUGGUCAGCACAUAUACCUGGCCAGCACAUACCUGGCCCCAUGCAUAGCAGUUUCAUUGUCACUCCUAACUUAUGGGAAAUGCUUAAUCAAAAAUAUACAUAAAGGAAUUUCCUUCAAAUGUUCAGCCGAUUGGCUGAUUUCAGCCUUUUUGAGAAUAUCAGUGUAAUGUAAACUUGUAAUUUUUCCCAUUGAAAAGAUUGAGUAAUCUAAUUUUCAGCCUUUUUGCCCUUAGUCCAUUUUCAUCUCUGUUCAGAUCAGAAAUGUUGCUAAAACAAUGGACAGCUAAUAGCAGUUUUGCUACACUCUUCUCCAAGAUUGCAACAUCACCCUUACCUGAGCUAAGGGACAUUAUAUAGUUACUACUUUUCAGAACAAAUCAUCAUCUCUACACAUAUUGACUCGCAUUUUAUCCUGUCCAUGUAUUGCUGUGCCGCUUUAGUAUUGGUUCUGGCCUCUGGAAACAAGAAACACUACUACGCCAUGUAGGAUAUAUCAGCAGCUGUUCUUAGAUAAUUUACAUCACUUUUAACUUACAUAAAAACUCAACUUAUAGAUGUGCUUGGUUAUAUUAUAUCACAAUUUCUGACCAUAAAGCCUAACUCAUAAUCAUAUCACUUUUCUUUGAAAGAAAAUCUGUAUUUACGUAUACAUAUUCACACACCGCACCUGGUAUUAAGCCCUACUUGUUAACAUGUUACUACAUUUGUAGAUAAUAGACAAAUUCUCCUUCUGUUUAGAUUAAGGUCCGACAAUUUGGAGGAAAAUUGUGCCAGAAUAUAUAGAUAUAUAGAUCCAUUCUAUAAAAUACAAUUCUGAACUUAGCUCAUAAUGCAUUACUGCAUCAUUCAUGCAUGUAUUGCUUAUAAUUCAAAUCUUUGCCUGCUACGUUUAAUAAUCUUCUGUCUAGAAUAACCUCUUGUAUCAUUCUAUGAGCAUGAUCGAGUGAACAAAAUAAUCUGAAAUCUGCUCCAAACCAGUUAAACCAUUCACAUAUUACUAUACAUAACCAGAAAUACAAGAUCCUGUUUUAAAUUACUUUUUCGUUGUUACUUUACUUAAAUCUGUAGACUGUAGUAUUUAUUUCUUUAGAAAAAAAAGUCCCUCUUUGUUAUUUACAGUUUAUGUAAUUUUCAGAAUGAAUGUAUUAUAUAUAUAUGCCAAAGUUCUUCUUUGUUUUGUGUAAAUAAAUUGUGAAUACAUGUUGCAGUAUUAUCUACUAUAGUUUAAUUACCCAGAAUAGCACCAGUACUAACCUGCACAUUCUUGGUUUGUGUACAAACUACCAUAUUUAUCUGCAUAUAAGCCCCUGCCUAGAAAUAAGACUCCUUCUUUUUGCAGAAUCGUCAAUUUGGAAAUAGAAAGCUAAAAGUGGUUCAAAAAUAAGCACUCCUGAAAACUCUAUACUUAAGUUUUAAACUUUGGGAAGAGGCUCAACUGGGAUGAAUAUGGUACUAAAUCUUUACACUUUUGGAGGGGGCUGAUCUUAGGAUAAAUAUGCUACUAAACUUUUACUCUUCGGGAGCUCGAGGGGGUUUAACUAGGGAUAAAUAUGGUACUAAACUUUUACACUUUGGGAGGGGGCUUAUUAACUUAGGGUUUGAUUCCUUAUCAGACGUGAAAAGCUAUGGGGUGAAUUGCCCUACCACCUGGGUUUUUUCUCCAGGUACUCUGGUUUCCUUCCACAGUAAGAAAGACCCCUUGCAUGUUCCAUUAGGUCAACAAAUAUGAUUAAUAUAAGUUGAUCAAACUUUUUCGUAAAUUGCUGUAAAAUAAAGUUUCCAUUUGUCUUUUCCCCUUGAUCUUAUUGUAGGAUAAAUAAAAGAAAUUAUGGUAAUUGACUUGUCAACUCAAAACAUUAUUAGAAAAGCAAACUAACUUCUUAUUCAUGUGAAUGUUUUUAAUGUCAAAGCCUGUUUGGAUCUUUUCAUAAUACUUUUGAGGGAAAUUAGAGACCGAUAAUGUGGCUUUAACAGAAAAAUCUCACAAAUGGUCCAAGACUGGUGGUAAAGGUCAGAUUUAAACACAAACCUUGUUUUGCAAAAUUGUUGUUCCCAUCAUUGGACAAAACAUUUAAUUAGAACCAGUUUUUGUUGCUUUGAAUAAAAUAUUGAAAUGUAUAAGCAUUCAUAUACAUAUUUUAGUGCCUGUGAUCGUAACAAAUAUUUACUUAUAUUCUCUAAGACUAUCGAUACCAUUGGAAUGUAUUGGUAAUUUACCAGAAAAAAAUCAUAUCACAAACGUCAGAUAAUCAAAUCAAUGUUUUAUCACUACGCUAGCUAUAUCUGUUUUAUCUUUCGCAUCCAAAAUCUAAUAAAAAAGAUAUGUUCUUAGAUUCAAUAAUAAACAACAUAAGGAAGUCUUUUAUUAACCUGGGUAUGUAGUUUGAAUAAAAAACAAACAAUUUUAACCAUUUUUUGAAGUAACCGAUCAUCAUACAAACGGAUGUUACUCAAUUAUAUCCAUGAUGAUUUGUUAUACCCAGUUUUGACAAAGGUCUCAAUUGUCUGCUUUUUAAUAAUACAGUAGUUAUAGGGUUUUGCAUAAUAAUAACAAUAAUUGUUCAUAUUAUUGUUUCAGAUUCUGUUAAUAAUUAUACCAACUCAAUGUCGUUUUAUAUGACAUCUACCAGUGUUUUAAUAAUGGCUUCAAUAACUUUUAAUCAUUUUAAAACUACUUCAAACAGAACAUAUUGUACAUAUUUUAUAUAGUGCAAUUAUCAUUAUGCUUUCUUCAAUUGGGAAGAUUACCUUUCCACCUCUAACAAUAUAUACAUACAGCUUAUGAACAUGUCCAACUUGUAACUAUAUAUACUGUGUUUGACAUAAUAAGUGCGCCCCCCCCCCCCCCCCCCCCCCCUUUUUUUUUUCUGAGAAGGAUUAUGGGUAUACUUGCAUCAAGGCAAACUAGUGUUUUGCUUUCCUCACUGAACUGCUUUUGUAAUCUUUUGUCAAAAUGAUGUUUCUUAAAACCUGGAUUCACAUGUAAGAUUUGUGUAUUUGCAACCCAUUCGUGAUUUUGUAAAAGCAGUGUGCUUACUAUGUCAAAUACGGUAGUUGGAGAAAAAGCAUUAGUUUGAGAAAGACAUUAUUUCACAUAAGCUUCCCCAGAACUAUGCUGUCUGUAAUAUGUAUUGUACACUGUGUUUUAUGCAUUUGUGAUAUUCCAGUAAAAUAUAUAUCCAACCAAAGUUAUCUAGAAAUAAAGAAACUUCUAUGCAUGCUUGGUGCUGGAGAAAAAGUAAACCUUAUCGUCAAGUAAUGUUUGAAUCAAAUCUCUUUUCUGGGUGGUCACCGUUUCUCGAAAUCUAGAGUCCUCCUCCCUUUGGGUAGAUAUUUUACUGGAAUAGCCUUACAGGAUUUUACCUGACCUGCUCAUUACGUAAACAAUUUGUGUCAAUGUUUAUAGGGAGAAAGAUAUAUCCAGCUUGCUCAACAUUUAUUUUUAACUGGAGGAAGUGAGACAUGAAAAUAGGAAGAGAGAUUUAAGAUCAACAAAUGAGAGUUCAUGAGUGAGAGACAAAAUGUACUCUAGAUCACCUUUUUUUUGUGUUCAAAUAUUUUCAAGAUUUUUCUGCAAACGAGGGGGCCAAGAUGAUUUUCUAACAAAAUGGAGAAAUAGUAUUGGUGAAUAUAUUAUCAGACAUAUGGGAUAUCAAAAAUCUGGCUGACUAACAAGGCUAAAAAGGAUAAAGAUAUUGGAUAAAGUAUUUUAUCCUAAUCUUCUCAAAAAUAAGUUCAAAAUGAUAUAUUUAAUAAUGUUCAUUUGAAAAAAAACCCAUCUUUAGAUCAAAUUCAUUACUGUGAUUGAUUCACAACCACUCUGGACCUUGUUAUCUUGAACAUGAAUUAUCACAUAUCCAGAAAUCAUAAGCAAUGUAUAAUCCUAAAAAAUUGAACACACAACUUAAUUAUUAUUGAGUCUAUAUUAUUAAAAUUGAUACAGUCCCAUUUCUAGCAAUCAGGAGAGCUCGAGAUAACAAGGUCCAAAUGAAAUUGAAAUUGAAAUUGUAAUUGAAAUUGAAAUUGUAAUUCUAAUUCACUGUAAAGUAUUUACAAAUUUAUUUAUAGCUUAUAUGCAGCCUUUAUACACUGUAAACAUUUGAUGUAUGUUCAGGAGAGGGCCUCGAUAAGUCUGAGAACUUGUGCCCAAAUCCUAUUUGUCACUAUAAUUAUGAACCAUUUAAAGGCAAAUAAAUAUGUUUAAACCAACCACUCUGGUACAAAGCCCAGCCCCAAAAAUGAUAAAAAUAGUUCCUAAAUGACGUAAAAAUAGUUCCUAAAUGACGUCAUAGUAGGGCAAUUGUAUUGUAGUCAAUCUUAAUCCUUAGUGCAUUGGAUUCGCCUCAAAGCGAUUCUGUGACAUUUGUCAAAAUGGUGUUUAAAUCAUGCCCUGUAAUCUAGACAGCAUCAAUGUGCUCAUAUAUGCAGCCAAUAUCAACAUUGGGGUAUUGAACCGGAGACCGCAAAGUCAAGUGUGAAUAUUUCAAAAUAAGGUGAUUUACGGUAUACAAGGUGUGAGAUAGAGAUGUUUUGAGUUGGUUAAGGUGAGUUGAGAUGGAAAGUGAAAGAAAAGGUUUUAAAUAACGCGCAUUUACAUGUAUAUGUAAUUUAAGUGAUAAACACGAUAUGUUGAACAUAUUCACACAAACCUCUCUCAACCCAGACCAAAAGUGUAUGGUGACCUUGAACGAUUUUGCUGUCAGAUGUGCAAUUGACAAGAGCUUAACAAUUGUUUUGACCUUUGAAGAACUAAUUAAUUUCUAUUUCUGGUUCAUUGUGAUGAUAAUUUCACAUUUUGAAGAUUCGUAGUCCUUUAUGGUGGUGUAUAUUUUCAAAUGAUCAGCAGUUGUUUUAUGCUGCACUGAACUUAGUUCAUUUUUGUUUUAGUGUGAAUUUUAAGUCAUCAUUUAAUUAGUGCAAUGGUUAAUUUGUGUGCCAACAGGUCCCUUAAGUAAUCUUAAUUUCAAAAUAGCAAAAGGCCUUUUGUGCAACAUGAGAAAUGAAAUUACUAUAUGUUUAUAUAAAGUAUUUAUCAUAUAUACCUGGUAGUCGAGGGUCAGAUAUGUACCUGGCACAGGUGGAAAUGAUAAUCAGCAAUGUUAUCAAACUCUCUAGUCAAUGUAUAGUUUGUAAUCACUCAAGUCCUAACAAAACUCAAUAAACUAAUUAAUACACUCAGA